AUGCCACUAGCUUACGAGUGCCGAUCUGUUCGGGGCAUUCCUUUCUACUCAACCCAUACAAGACAGGAGGCCCAAUUCUCCAGCAGACACAAACUCUCCAAGAUAGCAUUGCCAUCCAUCCUCCUCACCCAUCACACAAUUCCAGACCCAGCAUCAGCCCUAGAAACCGCCUCUUCCCUCUCCCCCUUCCCCCUCAAAGGCCCAGCCGUAACCCUUGAACCCAUCACCCCGCAACACAUCCCCUCGCUCUUCCGCGGCCUCAACUUCCCCAAAAACAACCCGAUAAUUGACUACAUCGCCAACUUCCACUACAUCCAAACGGAAUCCGACCUCGCCACCCACAUCGCCAGCACACUCUCCAAAAACCCGUCGCUAACCUUCCUCGCCCUGCGCGCAAAUCCCCACGUCCUGAACCCGCCCUUCCCUCCCACCCUAACGCCCACAACGGCCUCAGAUUCCCACACCGCUGUCCUCGGAAUCCUAGGGUACAGAACCCACCCACCCAGCCGCACCAUCCAACUCGACGAUUUCGUCUUCGCGCCAGAACUCCAGCGCACUUAUGCCUCCACCGAAGCGCAUUACCUGCAAUUGGUGCAUCUCUUCGAACACCAGGAUUUCACGUGCGCGCGCGUGUGGCUCAAGUCGCAUGCGAUGAAUGUCCAAUCCCGCGCGCAUACGGAGCGCUUAUGGUAUGUAUUUGAGGGGACGAUACGCAAGGAUAAUGUGAGUCGGUGGGGCACGCCGCGGGAUUCGGAUGUGCUGAGUAUGUUGGAUGACGAGUGGAAGGGUAAUAAGGUCAUGGUGGGGCGGUGGUUGGAUAAGGGGAAUUUUGGGGAGGAUGGGGAGCAGGUCAAGUCUAUGGGUGAGGUGAGGAGGGAGGUGGAGGAGGAGAGGAAGAGAGGAGAAGGUGAAGAGCUUGCUCUAGGGUGGAUGGCGUCCUUGUCUGCCCGCUGCGACGAGGUGUUUGGGACAAAGGGUAUAUCAUAUAUCUUAGCUCCUGUAGCUUCGUUCGAGUUGUCGUGUUUCGGGUCAAGCCAGUUUUGCGCAGUCUUGCUUUGUACAUCUACGUCAAGCCAUUUCACAGCAAUAGAGGUGCACAGUAGCCAAGAAUAUCCGUAUCCGUAUCCGUCAAAUAGAUUUGGCGGGUAA